AUUAAAAGGCAAUAUGUGUCAUUUGCCAAAUAAAUUGUAAAUGGUGCUCGCCACCAACAUCCGUAGGGCCCAAGACGCCACUCACCGCGACAAUUGGAGAGCCGCUCUCUCCGAGUUCUUCUCCACAUUCAUCUUCGUCUUCGUUGCCUCCGGCUCCACCGUUGCCGUCAAAAACCUCACGGACGACGUGCCCACCGCACUCGUCAUCGUCGCCGUUGCCAACGCCUUCGCCUUCUUUGUCGCCGUCUCCGUCAGCACAAACGUUUCCGGCGGCCACGUGAACCCCGCAGUCAGCUUCGCCGCCUUUAUCAGCGGCAACCUUACCUGGCUCCGCUGCAUCUUCUUCUGGAUCGCACAGAUCCUCGGCUCCGUCAUCGCCUGCUUGCUCCUCAAGUUCACCUCCGGCGGGCAGAGAAUUCCAGUUUUUGAACUUUCUAGUGGUAUGAAAGUGGGAAACGCUGUGGUGUUGGAGAUGGUGAUGACGUUUGGGUUGGUGUACGCGGUGUAUGCUACCACCGUUGACCCCAGGAGCAGAAGGAACGGUUUGGGAGCGAUAGCACCACUUGUGAUUGGCUUAGUAGUUGGAGCGAAUAUUUUGGUAGGUGGGCCUUUCGAUGGGGCCUCCAUGAACCCGGCUUUAUCCUUUGGGCCUGCCCUGGUUGGCUGGAGCUGGGAAAACCAUUGGGUUUACUGGGUUGGGCCUCUCGUAGGUGGUGGGCUUGCUGGAUUUCUUUAUGAAUUGGUUUUUGUUAGUUACAACAGUAAGGUUCCGCAGAGGUUACCAUAGUUAUUAUUUUGUCUAAUGAAGAUUUACUUGUGUAUGAAUGAUCUUGGUUUAUGCAUGAACCUAGUACUUGGUUGGUU